AUGAAGUCGUCGCAGCAUCAGCAGCUGAUCGGACAGCUGUCUGGUUGCGUGGCGGAGCUGCCCCCCUGCCUCCCAGACGAUGUCCAAGUGCUGGGAUGUGUCAUGUCGGCGCCUGUGUUCAAGCUCUUUGUUUCGAGAGUUAGGCAGAGCACAAAAAAGAGGCGCAAGAAGUUGGACAUCACCAUGGAGGAUGGGGUAAACCACAGGGCCAAAAUGCUGAGCGGGGUGCUGGAACUGAUCGGCUGUGCGCCCAAGCGUCCAAUCCCCAAGCUAGGCUGGAUGCACCUACCUGAAGAUGUGCCCUGCAGCCCCCUGUUUGAGGUCUACAAGGUGACCGCCAGUGACAGGCGGGUUGGCCUGAGGGGCCACAGGGGCCUGCGCGCCGUGCAGGACAUACCUGCAGGCACAUGCCUUGGUCCUUACCGCUGCCUUGCCCUGGUGCCAAAGGCCAUGGAGCGGUAUUGCAAGACCCCCCCGCCCCACUGGAAGGCCAAAGUGCAGGACGGGUCCAGCCCCAAGGCAAUCUGGAAAUACCUGGUUGACAUGUAUGCAGUUGACAUCGCAGUCAAUGUCAAUGGUGUGGAGCAUGGGUUUGGGGUUUCGGCAUUUGCUUAUGGAAACAAGACAGCGCUAGUGAAUGAUGCAUGUGUGAAUCCGGCAGGGUAUCCACAACCAAGGCACAGAUUGGUUGUUGGGGAUCAGAAUGCAGACCUGAUUCCUGUCUAUGUUUGUGGCUUUCCAUUUUUGUUCCUGUUUACAGUAGAGGACGUCAAGGCAGGGGACGAGUUGCUGUACGAGUAUGGGAUUGAGUACUGGGACUGCAUCAGGGAGAUGUCCAAGACCCUGGAUGAGACAGACCGCCGCAUAGUUAACAGCUUCAUGCUUUACGAUGCCACAGAAGUUCCCUGUAUGGUAGAGACUCGAAAAAGGAAGGCACAGCCUCGAUGUGUGCGGGAGAGGACGAAAUCCAGAGCAGCAAAGCGAGUAUGCCGACGGCCAUCGCCGCAGACUGAUGGCCCCACCUGUGCCCUGGAAAGGAAACUGAAGGAGAUUCAGAAUUUCAAGAUCGCUGCCAACGAGGAGGAAAACGUUCUGCUCCAGGAGGCGAAUCUGUUGCAUGCUCGCUUUGCGCAACUUGCACAGCGAUAUGCAAAGCUGCAGGAGCUGAAUUUGCAUAUCCGAGCAAUGGAGGAGAACUGUGCUGAUGGCAUAUGA